AUGCCUCGUGAUCCGUUGAUCGGUAUUGUUGGAAAGCCAUCUAGUGGUAAAUCUACCACUCUCAAUUCUUUGACUGAUGCUUCUGCGCAAGUCGGAGCAUUCCCCUUUACUACAAUUGAACCGAAUAGAGCUACUGGAUACUUGCAAGUGAACUGUGCCUGCAGUAGGGUAGGGUUGCAAAAGUUGUGUAAACCGAAUUAUGGAUGGUGUGAGAACGGUCUUAGACACAUUCCUAUCAUGCUCUUGGAUGUGGCAGGGCUUGUGCCAGGUGCGCAUAGUGGUCGAGGUUUAGGAAAUAAGUUUUUAGAUGAUUUGAGACAUGCAGAUGCUUUGAUUCAUGUUGUCGACGUGAGUGGAACGACUGACGCGGAGGGGAAGAACACCCGAGGGUACGAUCCAUUGCAGGACAUUGUGUGGUUACAGGAUGAAAUUAGGUUGUGGAUUGAGGGGAAUUUGCAUAAGAGAUGGGGGUCCAUCGUCCGAAAACAUACUGCGACCAAGUCCAGUGCUGUAGAUACGUUGCAGCAGCAGUUCGGUGGGUACGGUUCACAUGCGCCAAUGAUUCAAAGAGCUUUAGGUAGAAUUCCUGGCUUACCACCUUUGGAACAAUGGGAUAAUGAAUGGAUCACUGAAGUUGUUAAGUCGUUCAUGCAAGAGAAGUUCCCCACUGUGUUGGCUUUGAACAAGAUGGAUCAUCCAGAUGCGGAUAAAAACGUUAGUAAGAUUAUGUUGAAAUACCCUGACGUUAAAUGUGUCCUAACAAGUGCCAUCACCGAAGUUUUCCUCCGUAAAUUGAAGAAACAAGGGUUCAUACGUUACGAAGAAGGCACAGAAUUUGUUGAUACGUUUGAAGAUGACGAUACGUUAAAACCGUUAGAUGAGAAACUGAUACAGAGAAUUGAAGUUAUACGAGACCUUGUACUAUACAGAUUCGGUUCUACAGGUGUCGUUCAAGUAUUACAGGCAGCUGCAAGUACUUUAAAUUUGAUCCCGGUGUACACGGUACGCAACAUCCAUACCUUCGCUGGUGGGAACGGUGAAAAUGUGUUCCGCGAUUGUUUUCUGGUCAAGAAGGGGACUACGGUAGGGAAAGUUGCUACUUACAUUAUGGGUGACGUCACUGUAGCUGCUAUUGAAACUGUUGGUGGUAUCAGGGUCAGUGAAGAUGAUAAGGUGGACGAAGGUGUUAACGAUAUCUUGACAUUCAAACUUGCACCAAAGAGUAAGUAA